UAGUGAGGAUAAACAUGUCAGGAUGAUUGUAGAUUGUUAAACCUCAGAUACAUGUUGCUACUAUUCUUAAGCAAAUAGGUGUUAAUGUAAUAAUCACUUCUAAAGAUGACCAAAAAUUCAAACACUUUUGAACGACCAAAACAAGAAGGAUAUGAAGACCAGGAUGAUUCAUGUUAAUGUUUUACCCAACACUAAAGUUGACGUGCCAAAUCAAUCAGACCAUUUAGAGGGUAAACAGGUCAAUAACCACUUCUAAACAUGACAAGAGUCAAAACACUUUUGAAAGCCCAAAACAAGGAUGAUGUGAAAACCAGGUCGAUUCGAGAUAAUCAAAGUGCAAAAAUGUUGCUGUCACCUUUAAGAAAAGAUGUGUAAAUGAAAUACAAAUCACUGAAGAUGAUGUGUCAAAACGCUUACGACCGAGUCAGAACAACGAGAAUUUUUAUUUUCGAGAUGUUGAUAAAAUUCUCUUUGUUUUGCACCAGAUGAAUCCAUCCAGUGUGUAGUUUCUUUUUACAAUUAUUUGUCCUGUUCAAAUUAAGAUAUACAAAAGUACCAAACAUGAAACAUUUAUGAACACAAAUAAACCACUUUACAACAAGAAAACGACGAUGACUAGCUAUCCUGUCUAUUAGCAGUAAGGCCUUGGAAUCAAAGCGAGGAAAACAAGCAGUCGAGGAAGUAAGUGGGCGAUGCCGGUUCUAAUGGUACACCUCUUAAGUACUUUUGCUGAUUUCUCACCAUUAUAGUAAAUGAUAAACGCCAAACGUUUAAUAAAUUCACUGCAUUUUUGACAGAAGCAACCUUGAGAUAAGAACACAGCGAAAAUAGACAUACGAAAAUGAUAGGACCACAUUCUUGACUACAUGCUUCCUUCCGUUGAAGACAAAAGCAAUCUUCGGACUUUGCUCACCCGUGACCUAAAUUACGGGCUUUCAGUCAACAUUCCCAAGAGAGACCAAGGACGUUGAAGCAUGGACUUCCACGGCGAACGUAGUGGGGCCAUUCACUCAGUCAGUCUAUUAGUUAUGGACAGAGGCUCGGACAAAAUACAAGGCGUCAAUAACACGAGUUUCACAAGCAUGGAGACGGCGAAAAAUGAUCACGAGUUAAGCCCGGAAAAAAAGCCUUCAAAGAAUUUAAAAUACCCCAAGGCUGUGUUUUUUAUAAUAUCCAAUGAGUUUUGCGAAAGGUUUUCAUACUAUGGGAUGCGCGCUAUCUUGGCGCUUUACCUGGCUUACCUGGGAUUUACUGAAGAUCAGUCGACAAUGAUUUACCAUACGUUCGUUAUGCUAUGUUACUUUGCUCCACUCAUCGGUGGUGUGGUUGCUGAUGCAUACCUAGGAAAAUAUAAGACGAUUCUUUAUGUUUCGCUGUAUUACGCUGUUGGAAACAUCAUGCUUUCUGCAGCUUCCGUGAAGUCCCUGGAUAUAAAUCAUGUUGUAGCCAGUUUGAUAGGACUCUUCGUCAUAGGAACGGGUACAGGUGGAAUCAAACCAUGCGUCUCAGCAUUCGGGGGUGACCAGUUCGUGCUGCCGGAGCAGGAACGCCAGCUCGAGGCGUUUUUUUCCGUUUUCUAUUUUGCUAUUAAUGCAGGAAGCGUAAUAUCUUCUUUCUUGUCACCUGUGCUGAGGGAGAACGUGGCCUGUUUUGGUGAUGACGUUUGCUACCCACUUGCUUUCGGAGUGCCAGCAUUUCUUAUGUGUCUGUCCGUGGUGAUAUUUGUUGGAGGGAAGUCUAUGUAUAAAAUCAAUCCGCCUUCUGACGGGAAUGUCGCCUUGGACGUAGUCAAGUGUUGUAGUUACGCGGUGACGAGAAAAGUCCGGACGAUGAAACACGUGAAAAAAGGCCAUUGGCUUGACUACGCCGAAGAUAAAUUCAGCCGAAUAUUGAUCGAAGACACGAAAAUCGUUCUGAAGAUGAUCGCCUUACUCGGUCCGACUGUUGUUUUCUGGGCCCUUUUCGAACAACAAGGCUCUAGAUGGACGUUCCAGGCGAAACACAUGGACGGAGACAUCGGAUUUUUCGUCAUACAGCCGGAUCAGAUGCAAACAAUCAACCCCGUACUCUGUCUCACCUUUAUACCGAUUUUUGAGAGCCUAAUCUACCCACUACUCUCCAAGUUGAAGAUCGUUCGAUCGCCACUGCAGAAAAUGGUCUAUGGUGGCAUCCUCGCAGCUGUUGCCUUUAUCAUUUCUGGAUUACUCGAGUUGAAAAUUGAGGAAAGUGAUCCGAUACUUCCCUCGGAAGGAAUUGGCCACUUAAGACUCUACAACUCGCUGAAUUGCCCUGUGUCCGUUCGGUCCGACAACUUGGGAAUUAAUAGUAACAUCAGUAGCUUUGGUACAAUCAGUUUCCCUCAGAUACCGAUAACUGAGUUUAAGAACUACACACUCGAAGCGAAAUAUGGUGCUAGUUGUAAUGAAAAAGACGCAGUUUUAAACUUCGCGCUGGAAAGUAAGAAGGUAUCCACUUAUAUGUUCACGAGAAACGGGGGAGUCCAUUUGAUGCGACUUGGAGUUUACGGUGAGGAGGACGUCGCUAGGUCAAAAGACGGUAGUCCUAAAAUAAGACUGGUCUAUGGCGGAGGAAAUGAGAAAGUUACCGUGCUGUUGCAAAAUAAUUUAGAUACCAAAAAUAUUUCUAUUUCCGAUCAUGUGUCAAGCCAAGAAAAACUAAAAAGCUCCUCGGAUUAUUCGCUAAUCGUGAAUGGGAAAUUAUCCAAUAGUACGAUAAGAUUGAAAUCCGGAGGCGUUUACACAUUACUUCUCAACGAUCUUAAAGAUAUUAACUUUUCCCUCUUUGUUGUGACGGAACCAUAUAAAAUGAACAUGCUUUGGCAGUUGCCUCAGUACAUAGUUAUCACCGCUGCUGAAAUCAUGUUUUCCAUCACUGGUCUUCAGUUCUGUUUUACACAGGCUCCGGUAAGCAUGAAGUCCGUCAUGUCAUCUCUAUGGUUAUUAACCAAUUCAUUGGGAAACAUCGUUAUUCUUGUAAUAGCUGGUGUAAAAAUAUUUGAGAAACAGUCCUCGGAGUUUUUCUUAUUUGCCGGGCUGAUGGCUCUCGUCAUGUUACUCUUCAUCUUCCUUGCGAAAAAUUACAAGUACGUCGACUUCACGACCCAAGAAAACCAGAGCGACCAACAAAACGCAACAACGGAGGUCUCAAAAAUUUGACGAACUAAUCACGUUCAAUCAUUUUAAUUUAUAUAUAUUUUUACUGUAAAUAAUAGUAAUAAAAAUAAGUCUUAAAAGUGUAAAUAGUAGAA